AUGGCAAAAUCCAAGAACAAUGCAAAGAAGUUAUCAUACAUAUAUGUUCCAUCACAAAUGAUAAACUCCAUUUCAUCUUCUUCCCUUCAAUCUCUCAUUCAUUCUCCUAAAAAGUCUUCAACUACUAUAUUCUUCACCAGAAAAUCAUCAUUCUGGUGGUUUCUUACUCUCUUUCUCGUUGCUUUUCUUGGUAUGUUCAAGUUUGGCUUCAAAACUGACACCCCAUUUCCUCAUAAACCAUGUUCAACUACUCAUCAGAAGCUCUCUGUCUCAAAUCAUCACUCAAAAUCCAAACUUGGUAUUAGCAGCGUUCUCUUGAAGAAAGAGAGAACGGGUUUGAAAAAUGAUCAUAAAGAUGAGUUUUUUGUUUCUCAUGUUGAACUUGGCGCAAAAGGGUCUAGUGGAAUUGAGAAAAAGAGUGAGUUUUGGAAGAAACCAAAUGGUUUGGGAUAUAAACCAUGUUUGAGUUUCAGCAGUGAUUAUAGGAGACAAAGUGAAAGGAUUUUGAAGGAGAGGAGAAAGUAUCUAAUGGUUGUUGUUUCGGGAGGAUUGAAUCAGCAGAGGAAUCAGAUUGUUGAUGCUGUUGUUAUUGCUAGGAUUCUUGGAGCUUCUUUGAUUGUUCCUAUUUUGCAAGUCAAUGUUAUUUGGGGUGAUGAAAGUGAAUUUGGUGAUAUAUUUGAUCUAGAACACUUCAAAAAAGUUCUAGGAAAUGAUGUGAGAGUGGUUUCAGCAUUGCCAUCAACACACCUGAUGACAAGGCUAAUGGAAAGAAGGCCUCCAUUUCAUGCCACUCCUAGUUGGAUUCGUUCGAGAUAUCUCAGACGACUCAGUAGAGAAGGCGUUUUGCUUUUACGUGGCUUGGAUUCAAGGCUAUCGAAGGAUCUUCCUUCUGAUCUUCAGAAGCUUAGAUGCAAGGUUGCUUUUAAUGCAUUAAGGUUCGCGGAGCCGAUUGAGAAAGUUGGCAACAAGAUUGCAGAGAGAAUGAAAAGCAAAGGACCUUACCUUGCUCUUCAUUUAAGAAUGGAGAAAGAUGUAUGGGUGAGGACUGGUUGUCUCCCUGGUCUAAGUCCUGAGUAUGAUGAGAUUGUUAACAAUGAGAGGAUACAAAGGCCAGAGCUCUUGACUGCAAGAUCAAACAUGUCUUACCUUCAAAGAAAAAUGGCUGGCUUUUGUCCUUUGAAUGCCAUGGAAGUUACAAGGCUACUAAAAGCUCUAGGAGCUCCAAAAGAUGCAAAAAUUUAUUGGGCUGGAGGGAAACCAUUGGGUGGAAGAGCAGCUUUGCUUCCAUUAAUCCAAGAGUUCCCUAACUUUUACAAUAAGGAAGAUCUUGCUUUUCCAGCAGAAUUACAACCUUUUGUAAAGAAAGCUUCUCUAAUGGCUGCCAUAGAUUACAUAGUCUCUGAAAAGAGUGAUGUUUUCAUGCCAUCUCAUGGAGGAAAUAUGGGCCAUGCAAUUCAGGGUUACAGGGCAUUUAGUGGACACAAGAAAUUUAUAACUCCAAACAAGAGACACAUGCUUCCUUAUUUUCUAAAUUCUUCACUCUCUGAAGAAGAGUUCAACAGGAUAAUCAAGGAACUGCACCGGGACUCGUUGGGCCAGCCAGUGCACAGGACUAAUAAGGGUGGAAGGGAUGUUACCAAGUAUCCUGUCCCUGACUGCAUGUGUAAUAAUCACUCACAUUCUCGAUCCUAA